AUGUGUGUGAGUCUGUUGCCGUGGUCUAACCUGGCCUGGCCCGCGGGGACAGGGGGGAACUCGAGCACCAUGGGAAGGAGCCUGGACCACAUGACGCAGGGUGCAUGGAGGAAAAGUGCCUCUAGGGUGGGGCAGGGUGUUGCUAUUAAUAAUGAGAAGAAGAAGAAGAAGAAGGAGAAGAAGAAGCAGAAGAAGAAGGAGAAGCAGAAGAAGAAGAAGGAGAAGCAGAAGACGAAGAUGAAGAAGAAGAAGAAGCAGAAGAAGGAGAAGCAGAAGAAGAUGAAGAAGAAGAAGAUGAAGAAGAAGAAGAUGAAGAAGAAGCAGAAGAAGAAGAAGAUGAAGAAGGAGAACAAGAAGCAGAAGAAGGAGAACAAGAAGAAGAAGAAGAAGAAGGAGAAGCAGAAGAAGAUGAAGAAGAAGAAGAAGGUGAAGAAGAAGCAGAAGAAGAAGGAGAACAAGAAGAAGAAGAAGAAGAAGAAGAAGAAGGAGAAGCAGAAGAAGAUGAAGAAGAAGAAGAAGGUGAAGAAGAAGCAGAAGAAGAAGGAGAACAAGAAGAAGAAGAAGAAGAAGGAGAAGCAGAAGAAGAUGAAGAAGAAGAAGAAGGAGAAGCAGAAGAAGAAGAAGAUGAAGAAGAAGAAUAAGCGUUUGACUGAAAUGACCCUGGGUGAAAACCAAAGCGCUCUGACCCUGCUUUACCUCAGAGAUCUGCACUCUGGGCUCUGGGCUGAUAACGGCCACAGAGCAGAGAGCACAGUGAGCCUGGGAAACCAGCACGAGUCACAGGAAACGCACUUCUACAGAUGUGCCACACAGCUGGGAACACGCCGCAGCUCUGCAUGGGAAGCAGCCGGCAACGUUACAGAGACUGGGGUCGGGUGGGGGGCGUGGCUCAUUUUUUGUUGA